GCCACUUGCUCCUGGAGGUGGAGGCACACCCCCAAAUCUAGGGCGCAGAAAUUUGGGGACCGGUUUCUGUGCGUUUUUGUUGUUUAUUUGGCAAGAUGGGCGCGUUUCGAGCUCUCCACGCCCUGGGCCUCAGAGCCCAAUAAAGCUGGAGAGUAAGUGGCGUUUGACUUAAUGCUCCUCAGUAGUUCAACCACUCAAAGUGGAAAGGAAGUGGGCUUUCAGCCCCUUUCUGGGAAAAUAAGGCCUCUGCCAUUUCUUUCCUGCUGAAAUCUCUCUUCACCUCAGGCUGACAUGCGGUUCUCCUGAACCCCAGACUCCUAGAGGAGGCUCAGCUGUUCCAAAGAAGGCCUCCACCAGAAAGCCAAAGACGGACACCAAUCUUUGGCCCCACUUAGGUUUGACGAGCCCAAAUACAGUCCCUUCACCUUUGCCUGGGCAGAGGGAAGGGGCUUGGCUACUUCUGCUUUCAAGAGUCAGGCGCAGAGGCCUAAAAUGGAAAUAGCUGAGAAGAAAGGAGCCAAGUCAAAAACAACAUCCAGCUGAAAGAGGUCAGGCCCGAUAAGCAGGCUGACCACAGGCUUGAAAAAGAGGUCAGGCCCCAGGAGCUGAGCUGGGUCAGUGAGGAGUGUUUCUGCCAAGGGAAGACAAUGGCCUGUGAGGUAGAAGAAAUGUCAACGAUUAGGAGUUUUGAAGGAUUCCAGCCUGUGUCUCUGAAGCAAGAGGGAGAUUACCAACCCUCUGAGACUGACCAGCUGUCCACGGAGGAGGGAGACCCAGGCACGGACCCAGAGCCAAGGCAGAUUUCAAGGCAGCCAAGUGCGACCGAAUCAACACUGUACCCCAAUCCUUAUCACCGACCUUUUGUCUCACGGAAGUACUUUGCUACACGGCCGGGGGCCAUUGAGACUGCCAUAGAAGACUUGAAAGGCCACAUAGCCAAGACGUCUGGAGAGACAAUUCAAGGCUUCUGGCUCUUGACAGAGAUAGACCACUGGAACAAUGAGAAGGAGAGGAUUUUGCUGGUCACGGACAAGUCUCUCUUAAUUUGUAAAUAUGACUUUAUCAUGCUCAGCUGUGUGCAGUUGCAAUGGAUUCCCCUGAGCUCUGUCUACCGAAUGUGCCUGGGCAAGUUUGUCUUUCCUGGGAUGUCACUGGACAAGAGACAAGGAGAAGGCCUUAGGAUCUACUGGGGGAGUCUGGAAGAGCAGUCCCUCUUUUCCCGCUGGAACCCGUGGUCCACUGAGGUGCCUUAUGCGACCUUCACUGAGCAUCCCAUGAAAUACACCAGUGAGAAAUUCCUCGAAAUUUGUAAGUUGUCUGGGUUCACGUCUAAGCUUGUUCCAGCUAUCCAGAAUGCCCACAAGAAUUCCACUGGAUCUGGAAGAGGAAAGGGACUGAUGGUGUUAACUGAACCCAUUUUGAUUGAAACCUACAUGGGGCUGAUGUCAUUCAUUGGAAACCGCAACAAACUUGGCUAUUCCCUUGCCCGUGGGAGUAUUGGUUUUUGAGACUCUUUUUGGUGUAUAAGUAUGUCAUCCAUCAAUAUAUCUUUAUUGAAGAUUCUAUUUCAGACCACCAUAUUUUUGGACUGAAACAAUUAAUUACUUUUAAAUAGUGCUACAUGAUGUUGAAUACUUAGUGUCUUAGGAAAUCUAAAAGCUUGAUUAAACUGAUAGAUGCACACCUCAGACCUCAUAUAUGAAUAAUCAAAUUUCCUAAAACCAGAAAAUACAUUCUCUUAAGCUCCUCAAAUAAUGUUGUCAAUGAAUACCUGAUCAUAAACUGAGGGGAGACUCUCUGGGUUCUUAUUCUUCUGUCUUCUAAAUGUAGGCAUUUUCUGGAUCUUGAUCUUGAGCCCUUUGAUUCUGAUUUUUUCUUUUAUUGGGGUCUGACUGUAUUAUUUAGCUACUCUUUUUAUGAGAAUGACUUCCAAAUCCAUAUUUCUAUCCCUGAUAUUUCUUCAAGAUUCAGUUUUGUAUCUCUUUCUGUUGUUCAUAUAUAUCCGUGUUCCAAUGGCCACUCACACUCAGCAUCUUCAAACUCCUGGAGUUCUCUGUGGCAUUUUUAUGGUUCCAGUCAUCGUCCCUGAAAUCCGUCAGUUUUGAUAUAUCUAAAUUCCUUGCCAAAUAAUGUUAUAUGGUAUCUUUCUUAGUCUGUUUAGGCUGUUAUUACAAAAUACCACAGACUGGGUGGCUUAUAAACAACAGAAAUGUAUUUCUCACAGUUCUGGAGGCUGGAAUUCAGAGUUCAGAGUGCCAGCAUAGUCAGGUGAGGGCCCUCUUCCCGGGUUACAGACUUCUUGUCAUAUCUUCACAUGGUAAAGGGGCAAGAGGGUUCUCUUGUGUUUCUUUUAUAAGGGAAUUAAUCUUAUUCAUGAGGGCUCUGCUUUCAUGACCGAAUCACCUCCCAGAGGCCCCACUUCUUAAUACCAUCACAUUGGACUUUAAGCUUUCAGCGUAUGAAUUUUGGGGGGACACAAACUGUCAGAGCAUAGCAGUACCAAAUUUAUGUGUGGCUUAGCAUUGUACCCCAAUGCCCAGAUGUCAAACUUAAAGUUCAUUCUUCUUUAAAAAUUGUUCAUGAACUCCUUGCCUUUCCAUUUUCACAGGUAUAUAUUAUUAGAUCAAGUCUCUAAUUCUGUUCUCCUGGAUAAUUUUGCCAUAGCCUUUUAUUUGGAAUCUUUGAUCCGAGCUUGACUCUAUUCUAAUCCAUCCUGCAUUUGGUUGCCAGAUUUCUAAAGCACAAUUUGACCCUAUCACUCCCUGCUCAAGAACUUUUAAUAGCUCAUUUUCUUCUGCAGUUUUUUGUUCAAGUAUUUAUUUCAUUUUAUUUUCCAAUAGCAGACCCUUUCCUUCUAUUGAAAUCUGUUUUGGACACCUAAAAUGUAAAACCUAAAAUGUAAAACAGAUAAGUGAGGCCACUAAGAUUGAAGUGGACAUGGGAGUGCCUCUGGAUUCCUCUUUUUUGGGGGGUCUCAGAGCUGCCCCCUGUGGAAUGGCGAUGGGUCCCAGAAAGUUUUGAGGAGCAUGUUUUCAAAAAUACUGACCUACCUUAUUCUGUUUCCUUUGCUCUUUUCUCUCAUAUUUUCUCUUUUUCUUUCCCUGAUGAACACUUCAGGAGAUUAUCACAUCUCUUCAAGUUUUGCCUUUUCAAUUUUACAAUUUUAUUUUUUUAAUCUAUUUUGGAAAGAAGCUUUGAAUGAUGAACACCAUAAAUAUUAUUAUAAUCAGAUUUUCAAGUCUGUCUCAAGACCCAAAGUUAAGACACCUUGGUUGGUAUUCAAGUUAAAACUUCCAGCUAUUUUGUUGUUGUUGUUGUUGGGGGGGUGGGGGUUGUGCAGAGUGUAUUUUUAAAGUCUUUUUUUCUAAAAAUUUAUUUCCUCAAUUUCAAAGAUUUGUUCUCUGAUUCAUUAACAAAUAUCAAUUUGAUGCAGGCAUUCAAAACCCACACUUUGAAUAACCCUCAUUUUAUUUAGUCUUUGUCUUUGUUUACUUCCAUUAGCAUUUCUCUUUCUCUCCCUCUUUCCAAAAACCUUCCCAGCACCCACUUCCCCCCAAGCCCCAGCCCCAUGAUGGCAAAUAUUGUUAUAGUCCCCAAGGCAGAGAACUUCUAUUCAGACUGUAAAAGGAAAUGUUGAAAUCCUUAGCUGUCCUGUCAACAGUAGUGGAAUGAAAAGUCGUUGGAUUGUUUUGGCAGUGGUUCUGAAGCAGGCAUAAUUGGCAAAUUAUUGUAACAGUGCUGCCCGAAAAUCCCUAUUUGCCUCAAGAUAGUGGCAUUUGUUGGCAGAAGCAUCUGAAAUGUCCAGCACAUUCUUUUGAGCUACCAUUUAAGGAUCAGCCUGACAAUAGACUUCUUUCUGCACAUUUGUCCUCGUCGUAACCUGGGACAGACUGUUCCGAAGUGACUUUCUAAAGGACAUAGUACAGCACCAACUCUGCAAAAGGUGAGGGGAGGGAGAUGUCUCUUAGCCCUGAGGUCUAGCCUCUAACAAAUAGGAUAAGCGUUUAAUAACACCAAAACUGUUUAACAUGGAGAAGAGUGAACUUAGCGAUGACAGGAGAAUGCUUUUCACAUUUCACAAAGACUGUCUAGUGGGAUAUCCCAUAAACUGAUACGUGGGACCUAGGAAGUAGGUUAUUACUGGGUUAUUACCAGUUAUUACCAUUCCAUGAAAAGAUUCAGGAAUCUGGAAGGCAGUUUAAGAUAAGAAAGAACUUCUUUUAGGUAGGAAUGUCAAAGACGGAAUGGGUUGCUCCUUAGAAGAGGGAGCCUGCCAUCACUUGAUGUGUUCAGUUAGGGACUAGAUUAAGUGGAUAUUGUGAACAAGAUUGAUAGAUGGGUGAUUGAUAUCAUACUUUAAGGCUAGAGACCUUAUUAUGAUCCUCCAAAGAAUUGUUGCUGAUGAUUAGAUAAUUAAAUGUUUUUUUUUUCUUUGUAAAGAAUUGAAUCAUUCAAAUGAGACCCUAGAAAAUUACCUUAACUUUCCUAAGAUUUAAUUUCCUCAUCUGUAAAAUGGAUACAGUGAUACCUUUACUGCCCACUUCAUAAAGAUCUUGUGAGGACUGAAUGAAAUGAGGUUAAAUGAUUAUAUCAAGUAAAACAAAAACAAAAGCAGAAAUAAAACAUUGACUACCUGCCUGUAGAGUGGUAACUUGGAAGCAGAAAGCAAGGCAACAUCCAAGAGAACUAUAUUUAGUUCCCUCUGGGAAAUUUUCCUCGGUCACUAUAGACCUACUGACCAUCAUUCUCCCAUUUGACACAUGAUGUUCUCACUUGGGUUCCUUGUCCAUAAGCUCAACAGGAAAUACAAACCACAAACCAGGGGACCUACUAUAUGGCUGGGCUUUUCAUUCAGACUGUCAUCUGAACUACCAAUAAGGUUUCUGAGAGGCACAUCAUAAGUUUGAUUGGGGAUAGGAUUAUUUACAAGGGGCAUUAAGUAUUGGGCAUAUCAUCAUAAAAAUGUCAUGGUUAGCCAUCUUCUUUAUCUGAUCUUUAUCCCAUUCAGGGAUAUUUUCCCACUAGAAAAUCCCCGAUACGUCUCUUUUCAAAAACUGCUUGAACAUCUUUCUUUUUUUUUUUUUUAAAGAUUUUUAUUUAUUUAUUUGACAGAGAGAGAGAUAGCGAGAGCAGGAACACAAGCAGGGGGAGUGGGAGAGGGAGAAGCAGGCUUCCUGCCGAGCAAGGAGCCCGAUGUGGGACUCGAUCCCAGGACACUGGGAUCAUGACCUGAGCCGAAGGCAGAUGCUUAACGACUGAGCCACCCAGGCGCCCUGCUUGAACAUCUUUAUGGACAGAUUGUUCAAGGUCUCCUGAUACAUUGUGGGUCAUUCUGAUGGUUAGAAUAUUCUCCUUCUUUUGAUUUAGACUCUGUAACAUCCAUCUGCCAUCUCUUUCAGUAAAAAAAAAAAAAAAAAAAAAAAAUUAUUUUGCUGGAGUGGGGUUAGCUUGGGUUUUCUCACCAGGAUGUGGGAUAUUUGGGUACAGAGGCAAGGUUGGUAGAUUCUCUAAUGUUUACAAGAAGGAGAGCUGUCAAGAAAUGCUAAGCCUGACCUUCAAGUGGGCAAUUGGGCCUCUUUGGAGGCCUGAUCUUUGGCCAUUCUCUAAGGCAGAAAAGAGAAGCCAGUUGCUGUGCUUUGGAUCUUUUGCCUUGAGGCCUGUUAUCCUUGUCCCCUUGCAGAAGCAACACUAAGAAAGCUGAUGCACAGAGCCCUGGGGCUAAGGAGGCAUAGAAACCACCCAACCCAAUGCUUUCAUUUCACAGAACAGGAAGCAAAGGCAUUGAAACUGGAAAAAAAAAAAAGUUGCUCAAAAAGCAGAUGGUGAGUUUUUGGUACUGGGGAUUAAACUCUAAAGCUUCCAACUUCCUAUGCCUGGUCCACUGCUCUCUGCAUGUAUCUCUAUUCCCAGAGAAAGGCAUAACAUCUAAAUCAGGGCAUCAUAGUUGCUGGGUUAAAUCUGAGGUGAGGAAACAAUAGGUCUUCGUUGUUUAAGGGGAAUUUCCAGAAAUUACCUGUCUUUUCUUAAAGGCUAAGGUCACUCAUAGAACUCUGAUUUCCUAUCUGAUCGAAAAGCCCAAACAAAGCUGCGGAAGCCGGCAGAGCCAGCAGAUAUUUUGUAAGGCGGCUUUACCUCUGCCUGGCAUUUUGUGGGGCAGGAGAGGGGAGGGCAAAAGUAUUAAAUUUAGGCUUAAAAGCUCCUCAGAAAUUCUUUACACACAAGAGACCAAGUUGGAGAAAAGAAGAUGACUUGUGCCAAGGGGAAGAAAGAGAGACUAAUGCCUGUGGUUUUCAAAGGUUAACAACAAAAAAAAGCCCAAGUAUUUGCACAGAGAUGAAUGCUCAUUGGCUUUUGGCCAGCAAUUAUACAAGGGCUUGUACCCACAUCCUGUACCUGUGGUUUAGGGAUGCUGCUCAUGAGUGACUUCUUAUGCUUAGUGGCAGGAAACUUUAGUCACUGAUGUGUAAACUCACCUUUGGUCUGCACCUCCCACAACGUGCUCCUAAGGCAGUUAGGGGGCCAGGCCUCCAGAUUUCCUUGCUGAUACCAGUUCCUCAGAGGCUAGGGAAGAACUCCUUCUGAGGCCUUGGAAGUGACUGAGACAUGAUCCAUACUUUUCUUAUUCCACUCGAUUGCCUCAACCCCUUAGAAGAAUUCUGUAGCGACAGGACGAAUCAUGGUAUCUUCUGCUAAAUUCUCACUUCAGCCUUAAAACCCAAGACAAAAAAUACGUGAGCUAGAUUUCAUUUCAGGGCUGCAACCAAUGUGAAAUAUGAGAGGCAAAGUCAUGAGGUUGCACCUGAGUCUAGAUCUUGUAUCUGAUGGGCUAUUUGCACUCAGUUUAACACUGAGAUCUUAACAAACAUCUCACAAUUCUCCUCCUGGGUGAAGCCACAUGGAAUUUGCAAGGAAUUGCUCAAAAAAACAGAUGGUGAAUUUUUGGCAAUACCAGGAUUAGAUCCUACAGCUUCCCAUUUCCUGUUCCUGGCCCACUGUUUCUUUCACAUAUCUCUAUUUUCAGGGAAAGGCAUGACAUCUAAAUCAGUGUAUCAUUGUUGAUGGGUUAAAUUGAAGUGAGAAAAAUGAUAGGUCCGAUGUCAUUAACGCUUGUGUUUCUAGGCAGAUAGGAAGGAUCAGAUUGCUACAUUAUGGAUGGGAAAUACGUCAGGAUCAAGUUCUCUGAAACAAACCCCUUGUGUCUCACAUCCUGUCAAUGCCUAUGCCGUGCAUCUCAAGUUCUUCUUCUUUUACAUUCUGCUUACUCUUUAUGGGCUCAUUGAAGCUGAGACUGGAAGGGACCUUAAACGUCACCUGCUUUAGCAUCCUACCAUAUUGCAGCAAUGCCCUCAACCAAAAUAUGCACAGCAGCUGCAGAUCGAGCUUCUGCAAAAACAUUUGCAAGGCAGAGAAUCCCUGGCUUUUCACAGCAGCUAAUUCUACUGCUAAGCAGCUGCAGCAAGGAGAAAGUUUUUCUGAACAUUGUACCCAAAUCUUCCUCUCUAGAAAUUUAUCUAUUUAAUCCUAGAUCUUCCUCUGAAGUUACCCAAAAUAAAUCAAUUUUGUAUUCCAUGUGGUCACACUUCAAAUAAAGGCAGCUAACUGGUAUUCUCCCAAUGAAGUAGUUUGUGUUGUUUUUUUU